AUGGAUCCCUUUCGGUCCAGGCUCAGUGAUGUUUGCGUGGUUGCCUACCUCGACGAUUUGCUUGUUGUUUCCGAUUAUGUUGCAUCUCAUGUACAAGAUCAAAGAAAAGUCUUCGACGGACUCCGAGUGUUUGGCUUGAAAGCCAACCGUGAUAAAUGUAUGUUUGCUAGGGACAGAGUAACAUACCUAGGUCAUGUGAUUUCCUCUCAAGAAAUCCAAACGGAUUCUGAGAAGGUCACAGCUAUAGUAAACAUGAGACUUCCUUCUAAUUUGAAAGAGUUACGUAGCUUCCUUCAAACAUGUAGUUGGUUUCGGAAAUUCAUUCCGCAAUUUUCCAAAAUAGCUAGACCGCUAACGUGUCUUACGAAAAAGAACGGAAAGUGGACAUGGGGUGAAGAACAGACUCAGGCGUUUGCUACUCUCAUAGAUAAACUCACUUCUGCCUAUAUUCUUCGCCAGCCGGAUCUUAAAGUUCCAUUCGUUAUGCGUAUCGAUGCUAGCGCCUACGCCUUGGGUGCUGUGUUAAUACAAGGUGAAGAAGCCAAAGACGAACGCCCGAUCGAGUACACUAGUAAGUUGUUGACAGCAGCUGAGCGCAACUAUACCACCGCAGGAUGUGAGGCUCUAGCGGUGGUCUGGGCUCUUGAUAAAUUCGGAUCGCCACUGAUCAUCAACCACUGCGAUGGCUGA